AUGGCAAAGAGAAAGAGUAAGACACAAGAUAUAGAGCGUCGUAAGAAACUCAAGAGUGAGCAAGAUGCACAACUAUCCACCGGUGUUUUUGGCGACAUCAGCGAUAACGAUGAGGAAGAGAUUGGACCAAACUGGGACAAUGAAGAACAAGAUUAUGAGCUCAAACCGAGAAGAGUAUUAAAGGAGAAAGAAAUGGUUGAGUCAUUACCCAUUAAGCGUGAAGAUGGAACAAUUGAACGUGUGAUGCGUGAAGUGGAAAAGAAGGACGAUGAAGAUCAAGAAGAAGAAUCCGAAGAUGAAGAUGAAGAAGAAGAAGAAGAAGAAAGUCAGCUAGAUGGAGAGAAAAGCAAUGAAGAUCAAGAAGAAUCCGAAGAUGAAGAUGCACAUUUGACACCACAAGAAAGAUUAGUUAAAACGAAAGAGGAAAUAGCAGAACUAGCUUCAAAGCUUAUUGAAAAUCCCGAAGAGAACGUUGCUUGUUUAACACGGUUACGUAAAAUGUCAGAAUCACGUAACUUCAUGACCUCACAAUUGGCUGUAAUGGCGUUGAUCCCCAUUUUCAAAUCACUUGCACCAUCGUAUCGAAUCAGACCACUAACAGAAAUGGAAAAACGGGAAAAAGUCUCACGAGAAGUUACUAGGUUAAGAACAUUUGAACAAAGCUUGGUUGUAAACUACAAAGCAUAUAUUGACUUGCUCUCAACUCACGCCAAAAUUUCAUAUUCCAAUUCGGAAAAUAGAAAGGAUAAGAUGACGAGCGAAAUGCUCAAGAGAGGCAAUUUGGCGGCAAAAGCUGCACAAGAACUUUGUCUCUCAUCAUUACGUCAUUUCAAUUAUCGUGUGGAAUUAUUCACCAUUAUAAUCAAAAGACUCAAUCGAAAACCAACACAUCCAGAUGAUCUUGCUGUGUUUAAUAAAUCAAUACAAGUAUUAGACUCCUUGCUACAAGAAGACGCAGACCGUGGUGAUCUUUCAGUUGACAUAAUUAGAAUUAUGACCAAAUCAAUAAAGGACAAGAGAUUCCGAGUCGAUGAGGCAGUGAUUAAUGUCUUUCUCAAUGCCUCCUUGCUUGACGAUUAUGACCCAAACAACAAUCGAGAAGCACCAAAACAUGUACAAAAAAAGGACCGAGUACAUUUAUCAAAGAAGCAAAGAAAACAACGUAAGGAGACAAAGGCCAUCGAAGAGGAAAUGAAAGCUGCAGAGACAUCCAUCACAGUUGAACAGCGAGAAAAGAACCAGGCAAAUGUGUUGAAAAUGAUUUUGCAAACCUACUUGUUGGUUCUUCAAGCAAAUGAGAUACCGCUUCUCUCAUGUGUUUUGGAAGGGUUAACGCGCUUUGGUAGAAUGUCCAAUCUCGAAAUGUUGGGUGACUACUUACAAGUGCUUCGUGAAAUCGUUGCAAAUAUAUUCGAGGAGCACGAAGUUGAAGGUGGUCUUUUCACAGAAGAUGAAUUAAGAACAAUCCUUUUGUGCAUCUCUUCAUCAUUCCAACUUGUACAAAUUGGUCAAAAAAUUCCAUUCCAAAUCGAUUUAAAUUUCUUUGUGCAAUCGUAUUUCAGGGUCCUUACCAAUUGUCUUGGGGGCCAACAAGUUGGCAAACAGCUCCUUAUAUGCCUUGACCAUAUUGCCAAGACUCAGAACAAGAACCGAAAUAGUUUGAAUAUUGCGGCAAUUGUGAAAAGAGUUUACACGUUGCUAUUGCAAAGUCCCGAGAGGAGCAGUAUCUUGUUGAUCAAGUAUUUGGGCAAACUCAAUAGAUUCGAUUUGGGCCAUUUGUAUACAACAGAGGAUAAAGUCGUUACUGGUGGUAGUUACAAAGCCGAGGAAGCGGAGAUUGAAAGGUGCAAUAUUGGCGCUGCAACAAUAUGGGAGAAUGUGUUAUUGGAUGCCCAUUACUGUCCUGCUAUAAAAGAUGGAAGCCGGUCGUUGAUGAAGAUGUAUAAGAGUGAGAGAAGUUGA